AUGGGCAAACUCAUCAAGAACCACUGGGCUCGCCUCAUCAUACUGACUGCUUCUCUCUAUCAAGUUGCAGCAGCUGUUGAAGGAUUCUUCUGGCCGAAGAUCUUCUGGGACUUCCUCACCAAAAACCUUGACUUUGCGGUCAAGCCUUUACCUAUCCUCCAAAUCAUUAACCUUGUGAUGGGGAUCUUCUUCUUUGCUUGGGAAUGGCCGCUGGGAUUCAUUGCCGGGACGGCACUCCACAGGAGUAUUGAGGCGAGAUUGGUGCUUCUGCCUCUGACGGCAUUGGCUUCCGCCUUACUGUAUCAAGCAACAAACCCGGCCAUCUACUAUAUGGUCGGCAUGGGGGUGUACUUCUGGGCUUAUAGCGAAGGAGAGAUUGUGGUAGCAAAGCCAUGGAAUCUUCCUUCCCGCGCCCGCCUUGGAAAAGUCUAG